AAAGAGGUUGUUAUGUAAUAGCUACAAGUUUUAAUGGGAUUGCCUUUUCAAUGGCUAUCCCCGUCUGCGAUUCAAGAAUUCCACAUGAAAGACGGGAAAAGGCUUUCCGGGUUAUGUUGAUGAUCGACUUCUGCAAGAGAUUGUACAUCAUAUGGAUGGUAUUAUCGUUAUCAUUAUCAUCAUUUGCUCAAGGAUCAAAUCACUAUGACCUUAGGGCUCUAAAUGCUUUUAUUCAUCGUCAAGCAAAUGACAUUCUAGUACAGCCUCAUACAGGCAUUCUUUACAGUAUUCCUCUCCCUGCUAACUUCUCGGGCAUGGAGGUUUCAGUUAUUAGACUCAGAAGAAGGCAAUUUUGGGCUAAAGGAGCUAAUAUUAGUUUCUUUCAUAUCCCAUCAAGAAUUCGGCCAAUGCCUUACGUUGAAAGGCUAGCCAUACUAUAUCAGAACUUUGGCAAUUGGUCUUCUUAUUACUAUAAUGUGCCUGGUUAUAGGUUGGUUGCGCCUGUUUUCGGAUUCCAGGCUUAUGAUUCUAUGCAUUCAGGAAUGAUAGGCAUACACCAGCUCAAGUUCUACGGCCUGAAGGACCCCAUUGCAGUUCAGUUUUCUCAUCAUUUACUAGAAGGAAAAAAUGUGACACCAAAAUGUGUCAUAUUUAGUGCUGAUGGGUCAUUUAAAUUGCAGAACAUGAGUAAGUCUUAUGUUUGUCAUUCACUAGGUCCAGGUCAUUUUUCUGUUGUUGUUCCAAAUGAAGAAGAGAAUAGAUUGAAAUUUUGGGUGCUGGGAUUAGGGCUGGGAUGUGUUGGAUUGGUUUUAUUGGGUGUGGUUGUGGUGGUCAUUUUCAGAGUGGUAAAAAAGAAGAAGCUCAGGAAAAUGGAGAAGCAAUCUGAGAAAGGGGUGGCUAUUGAUACAUUCUGGAUAGGAGGAACAAAACUGCCUUCUGCAUCAAUGAUUAGAACUCAGCCAGCCCUUGAGAAUGAAUAUGUUCCCUGAUUCACAAUAUAAUUUCUUUGUACCUUUUUUGUUUCCCCAUUUUUACAAGUGAAGAUACCUUAAUUUGUACGUCCUUUAAAUUUUAGACAGACAAAGAAACAAAGUACGCUUGUGAUAUAUUCUCAUUA